CACGGACAACAUGAGUUUGUAUAAUCAAGCGCGCCUAAUUCUAUACAAGCACGAUGCGAGCCCGCCGUCCAACGCAGUCCGCAUGGUCGGCGCCAUAUUGGGGCUGCAGUUCGACUACGUGCAGCCCGACUUAAUCAAAGGCGAGCACAAGACGCCCGAGUUUAAGAAGAUAAACCCAAUGUCUACUGUACCGGUCCUGAAAGACGGAGACUUCACUGUUUCAGAAAGCCACGCAAUAAUCCUGUACCUCCUGAACAAGUACGGCGGCGAACACAAGGAGACCCUCUACCCUUCUGACUCGGCCACGCGCGCCAUAGUCGACCAGUGCCUUCACUUCGACACGGGCGUGCUGUUUCUACAAAUGCGAGCAGUUACUGUACCAACAUUCACGGGUACGCUAGACGGUCCUACCGAAAAAAACAUAUCUGAUAUAGAGGAGGGUUACUCUAUAGUCGAGGCAUACUUGGGUCACAGGAAAUACGUGGCCGCGGACCAUCUGACUGUGGCGGACAUCUCUCUCGGGUCUACUUUCGCUGCGUUGCUGGGGAUCCACGACUUGGACGCUAACAAGUUAAACAUAUCUGACAUAGAGGAGGGUUACUCUAUAGUCGAGGCAUACUUGGGUCACAGGACAUACGUGGCCGCGGACCAUCUGACUGUGGCGGACGUCUCGCUCGGGUCUACUUUCGCUGCGUUGCUGGGGAUCCACGCUUUGGACGCUAAUAAGUUCCCGAAGAUCGCUACGCGCCUCUCGGUGUCAACGUACGCUUACCCCGCACCCAACAACAUGAGAUUAACGAAAACUUUGUUUAAUCAAGCAUGUUCAACAGCGCGCCUAAUUCUAUACAAGCGCGAUGCGAGCCCGCCGUCCAAUGCAGUCCGCAUGGUCGGCGCCAUAUUGGGGCUGCAGUUCGACUACGUGCAGCCCGACUUGGUCAAAGGCGAGCACAAGUCGCCUGAAUUUAGGAAGAUAAACCCAAUGUCCACUAUACCGGUGCUGAAAGACGGAAACCUCACUGUUUCAGAAAGUCACGCGAUAAUCUUAUAUCUCCUGAACAAGUAUGGCGGUGAACAUAAGGAGAAACUUUACCCUUCUGACCCGGCCACGCGCGCCAUAGUCGACCAGUGCCUUUACUUCGACGCGGGCGUGCUGUUCCGACAAAUUCUAGAAGUUUCUAGGCCAUCAUUCGCUGGCAAAUCAAACGGUCCCAGCAAGAAGAACAUAUUCGACAUAGAGGAGGGUUACGCCGUCAUCGAAGCAUAUUUAGAGAGCCGGCCGUACGUGGCCGCGGACCAUCUGACCGUGGCGGACAUCUCGCUCGGCUCUACCACAGCCGCGCUGCAGGGGAUCCACGCUUUGGACGCUAAUAAGUAA